AAUAGCACAUGAAAAAGAGCAAAACAGGUUAAAACUCCAAAAUAAUGUGGCAUUGCUCUUUCUUUUCCCUCUCACUUUGCUGCUUAUUCUUACUAUUUAUUCCUACACAUUGUUACCUGAUUUCCCCACCAGUAGUAGACUUGAUCAACUCAACCUGCAAAAAAUGCUCAGAUGAGUCAGCAGACUUUAACUACAACUUCUGUGUUACUUCACUUCAAGUAAUUCCUGUAACUCAUGUUACCAACUUACAAGGAAUAGGAAUCAUAGCAAUGGAGCUGGCUCUAGAAAAUGCUACUAAAACGAUUUCGACCAUAGAGAAGUUGCUUAAUAGAAAAGAGUUUGAUCCUUUUGCUAUGGACUGCUUAAGAGACUGUUUGGAACUUUACGCAGAUGCCAUUGCAAUGUUGGUGGAUGCUUUUGGCGCGUUCUUGUCUAAGCAUUUUAAUACAGCAAAUGUACUAAUGAGGACAGUUAUGGACGCGACAUCGACGUGUGAUGAAGAGUUCACUGAGAAGAAAGGAGAGUUGACACCACUAGCAAAGGAGAACUACAAUCUUUACCAAUUGAGUGACAUAUCCUGGUGCAUCAUUAAGCAAGUUUCCACUGUCCCUUCUGAUCUACCUAAUGUAUCUUCUUAAGAUGCAGCAACUACCAGUUGUGUACUGCAUGGGACAUCAAAGAGUUGCUUACAGUUCUUGUAGAAAUACUAAUCAGCAAGUCUUGUUGCCCCUGUUCCCCCUUUUCCUUUUCCCCCAACAA